AUGAUUCCUCAAACUUGGAAUGAAUUUCUUGAAUUUAUUGGUGAUGUUAUAGAUAAAGAACUUGACUAGCCUCUGAUUAGCCAAUUUAUAAAGAUACCAAAUACAAGAAUGACAUCUUUUUAAAUUAUAUCAUACUUCAGCGCAGAUUUUCAAAAGUAUAAAACUAUUAUAGGAAUUAGGGCUAAGAUAAAAAGAAAAUGCAAAUGGGGGUGCAAAGAAAAGUAUUUCUUGAUUUGGUGUAUCACUAAAAUCACGGAAAAGCUUUAAAUAAAAUUUCAUGAACUGGUAAUGCCUUUUUUACUAUUUAUUAUUGUGUAGUAUUAAUGGAAAGUCUUCGAGAAACUAUCUAGUAUCUUAAAUCUCUCAGAAGAACUUUUAUUGACUAAAUGGUUGAGCCUUCUGAAUUAUAAACUUAAAGAACAGCCUUGGAAAAAAGAAGAAGAUGAUUUACUAAUUAAACUAAGAUAGUAUUAAUUUCUGCUAAACUGGAUAAAAAUUGCAAUUGAAUUUAUAAAAACUAGUUAAACAGUAAGGUAUCCAAAAUAAAUUCGAGAGCGAUUUAACAAUGUUAUCAAUCCAGACAUAAAUAAGUAAUCAUUAUAUAGAUUUAGAAAUGAAUUCCGCUAAGAUGAAAUACUUAUUAUUAUUAGAAAAGCUUUAAGUACGAAUAAAAAUUGGGCGAGAAUUUCUAAAUCAUUACCAGGUCGAACAGAUAAUCAGAUAAAAAAUUUGUACAACUCUAUUAUAAGAAAAAUUUUAAAUGAAAAAGAGAAACCUGAUGACAAGGUGGACGAAUUACAAAUUCUAAAUCUAAUUAUCCAACACAAUAAUUAUGAUCCGAUAUUCAUCUCGUCCAUUUUAGAAGAAACCAAAAGGAAAUAAAUUUGUGUCAAAACUGAAUCAACUUCUGAUAAUUCUUAAACUUCUGAAAUGGGUGUGAAUAAUUUGCCGUUCUAACUAGUCUACCCUGUUUUUUACAAUUAACCCUUCAAUUAUCAAAAUAUUUAUUUUUCCUACCCUCAAUUUUACCUAUUACCUCAUUAAUAGUCAUUAAGAAAUCCAAUGUUUAAUUAAACAUGA